AUAGUCGAAACAGAAGUAACAGUAACAGUAGUCGAAACAGAAGUACCAGUAGCGGUAGUCGAAUCAGAAGUACCAGUAGCAGUAGCCGAAUCAGAAGUACCAGUAACAGUCGAAUAAGAAGUACCAGUAGCAGUAGUCGAAUUACAAGUACCAGCAACAGUCGAAUCAGAAGUACCAGUAGCAGUAGUCGAAUCACAAGUACCAGUAACUGUAGUCGAAUCAGAAGUACCAGUAACAGUAGUCGAAUCAGAAGUACCAGUAGCAGUAGCCGAAUCAGAAGUACCAGUAACAGUCGAAUAAGAAGUACAAGUAGCAGUAGUCGAAUCACAAGUACCAGCAACAGUCGAAUCAGAAGUACCAGUAGCAGUAGUCGAAUCACAAGACAGAGUAAGGCACGUGUAUGA